GUGGGAUGGACCUCCCCGUCCCUACGGUAGGUACCUACUUAUACUUUAUAUUUUGGCGUCAGUGAGAAUUUGCGGGCUCAGCCUUCAAUUUCAAGCCUUGAGAGGAGAAGUGCGAUUAAAGGAAGCAAUGCCCCAAGUGUUACGGCAUUGCCAUCCUCCUCAUAUGCCUCUUGCCUCUUGCCAUUGGUACUUUCUUGAUCCCCGUCCACGCCUCACAGCGGGACGGGAUCAUGGCCGGAGCCACUUUGCGAUGAGAAAAUGCGGUCCACUUGCUGACUAGGAAGGAGCAGUCAGGCAGCCUUGGCUAGGCUACUCCUUAAUUGCUGACCCCGAUCCGCCCUAACUUCACACAUCUCGGUGGACCAUUAUUAUUCUCUCUUCAACUCUCCUCAUGGGCUGCAGGCUGCGAAUUCUUGUAUCUCUCUUUUCUUGAAUAUCCUUCAUCAUGGAGGGAAUUGUAAACGCCGUUGGGCGUUUCUUCCUGCACAUAUACCGCGUAUUACUGAACAGACAUUCUUUUCUUGGGCUGCUGAGACAUAUUCUCAUUAACAUGACCUUUAUCCUGAUCUGGAUUACAACCUUCAAGAAUGCCUGGCGGAUAGACUCCUCGAUCCGGCCGGAAAUUCACGUAAACGACCUCGAGCAGGCAGACCACAUAAUAUUCGACAUCACAUUCACAGGAGUCUUCAUACAAUGCACCGUCGCAGUACUGGGCUAUUUCUGGAUGUACGCUCUCACGCGACGAUCGAAACUCUCCCUCUUGGCAACUGUGCCCCCCUUUGCGCUGAACAUUCUCCACGCCGCUACACAUACCCUCUGCGGACCUCUUGAUGUUUUUGCCUGGCUCUCAUAUGGCGUAAUCCACUUUAUUUCCCCCUUUCUCGCGGCAUUCUGGCUCUGGCUGUUUGCCUCCCCCGGUGUCGUGUCGAUCUUCGCCUGGUGUUUUGGAAUACAGAAUUGUUUGGGAAUAAUUACACAUCUAUCAAUGCCCACCGCGGCACCUUGGUAUGGCGACCAGUACGGGUAUCCGCUCCCUCCCGGAAACUACAGCAUGCCAGGUUCUGCCGCAGGACUGGUUCGUGUAGAUGACGUGUUGGGCACACAUAUAUACGCAAACGCAUUCAAGGCGUCACCCCUUGUAUUUGGGGCAUUCCCCUCGCUCCAUGGAGCCUUCAGUUGCUGCUGUUUCUUGUUUGUCGCGAGAUAUUCGAGGAGAGGCGCAUACUUGCUAGGCUUCUACGUUCUAUGGCAAUGGUUCUCAACCAUGUAUCUCCGCCAUCAUUGGCGUAUCGACCUUCUCGGAGGCCUCGCCUAUUCUGCAUUUGCGUUUUCGAUAUUCUAUAGGAGUUUGCAGCGGAUGGACAAAGCGUAUACCACAGGAGUCAGCGGUGACAACGGCUGGCAGCGAUUGUUCGAAAGCACGAGAUUACAGUACUGGUUCGACAAGAAGCCCGAAAAGGGCUAUGCAGUUGUUAUGGGCGACCGAGAAGAUGGAGAGUAUGUACGAUUGAGCGUAGAUGAAGCUGUGCGGAACCACAGGGAGCAAGAUUUGGAAUCAGCAUGGGUCGACGAUCGGGGUGCAACAUGGAGAACCAGGGAUCCAACAGAGCACAUGUCGGGCAAAUAGAUGGUGAAAUCUGGACAUCAGAACUCUAUCCGUUGGUAUAGCAUUGGAAAAUGGGGCUGGACUCGAAGCCUGUAAUGAUCAGGACAUAGCCUCUGGGCUUCGAGAUCCGUAAUGUGAACAUAGGAAAAUUAAGAUAUCAAAACCCAUGGAAG